GUCUCACAUUGGCGGGAUUUUGAUUAGUUGAAUGUCAAAUAUGAUUUAUACUUCAAAUUUUGAGUAUGUUUUUGUUGUGUGUGCAUUUGUGUCAAGCGGUCUUUCUGCGCCGGUUCCUUCGCGCUCGCUUGAUUUAAGUGAUCUGCAGUCAUCUUUUGACAACCUACGUUCAAAGAUUGGGAAAGAAGGAGCAAAUUUUCACUCAGAGUUUCAUUUUAAUGUAACCCAAAUAGAGACAACAAUAGAUUCAUCUGGCCACACAACAUCGACAAAAAGAAGUUUCUCUAGUCAUCUAGCGCAGUUUGGAUACCUUCCGGAAGCAACGGAUAUAUCUCAGAUAUUGUCUGGAGACAUUAUUGCCAACGGGAUCAAGGAAUACCAGAAGUUCAUGGGAAUACCAGUUACUGGUAAAUUUGAUCAAGCCACCAUCCAGCAGAUGUUAAAACCAAGAUGCGGGUUACAAGACAAAACUCCUCCAGGCUCAAAAGGCAGUAAAUUCAAACAUGGAGGUAGUAGAUGGAGUAAAAGAACUCUGUCUUACAAAAUCGGUAAAUACUCCAGCAAGCUACAAAGGGAUGCCACAGACAGAACUAUCAGGAAAGCUCUAAACAUGUGGUCAGCAGUUACCCCCCUGAGGUUUGUGAGGAAGACUGACGGACCCGUGCAUAUAGAAAUCAGAUUUGAGACGGGAGAUCAUGGUGAUGACGGAGCAUUCGAUGGACGGGGUAAUACCCUAGCUCACGCUUACUACCCCAUAGUCAAGAGAUGGGGCGGAGAUUUACACUUUGAUGACGCAGAACACUGGACCAUCAAUGAUUCAAGAGGAACAGACCUGUUACAAGUGGCUGUCCAUGAGUUGGGCCACUCUCUUGGGCUAGACCAUUCAAACAAUAGGGAUGCCAUUAUGUAUCCAUCCUAUGGAGGUUACACAUCUAAACUCAAACUUCAUGACGAUGACAUCCGAACUGUUCAGAGGAUCUACCCAGAAUAACGGCUCUUGAACCAGAUAGAAAUUUUCCACUUCUAACUCUGGUGGUAGCAAUAGGAGAAGUUCAAAGUAAUGUAAAAAAUCAAUAAAUUGAAUUACUUCUCUUAAUCUCUAAUACUUUUAUUUGCUCUUAGGAAUUUAAACAAUAAAUAAACCUUAAAACUAGUGCUUACA